UCGAACAAUCUGCGUUCAGACGCGAAGCUUAAUGACGGUGCCAUGCCGACAACCGGGCGCCCAGGGAGUGGGCACCCGAAAAUCGAUGCUACUCGAGGAGUUGUUCACAGCCUUAUGUGUUACCGCCAGAAUGGUGAACCAAAGGAAUUUGCUAUGCGGGCUAUUGAGAGCCUUAUCAAGAAGUUAAAGGAGAAGCACGAUGACUUGGAUUCUUUGAUCACAGCUAUCACAACCAAUGGAACCCACCCUAGCAAGUGUGUGACGAUUCAGCGUACACUGGAUGGGCGAAUGCAGAUUGCUGGCAGGAAAUGUCUACCACACCUCAUCUACGCGCGUAUAUGGCGUUGGCCUGAUCUCCAUCGCAAUGAGCUACGGCAUUGCAAAUUCUGCGCCUUCGGUUUUGACCUAAAGCAGGAUUCCGUGUGUAUUAAUCCAUAUCACUACGAGCGCGUUGUAUCUCCCGUUGAUUUUGGGUCUCUGAGUUUGAGUCCCAGUGAAGAACAGAGGGCACUCAAAGGACCGACAAAAAGUAUCUCUUUUGAGGGCAAGUUAACCCUUGAAAUACGCUUCAGCGGACUCACUAAAAAUGGCUUCUCGAGCGCAGAUUGUGGGAUAGCAGACGCUACGGACAGUGAGUCUGAAUUGCCUGAUACCACUGUGCCUGGUAUGCUUGAUCACAGCGCGCGACUGGACUCCGAUUCCGCCCGCUCUCUAACUACCCGUGACUCAUCCGACAAAGUCACCUCCUCGACUAGUGAUCGGCUGGGAUACUGCCGCAGCCGACUCACUGUGCAGGCCUUGCUAGAUGAAGCGGAUUCCCCGAUUGCCCCCACAAACGUUUCAUCCUCCUCCAGUCCUCACAAAAGUCCGGCAUCACCAGACGAUGGCUUAGGCACAGUAUCAAGCGUUUCUAGUUGGCAUAGCAGCCUAUAUUGUAACGGUCUCCACACUGUCGUAGACCGCGUCAAUCCGACCCCACACAUUGACCGAGGUCAAAAUACAAUGGCAUGGUCAGGUGUUGGCGUCCCUCCACCAUCCCUCCAUUCAGGCAAUCCACAAGAGCAACCUACGACAGCAGCUAGUACGCUCUCUACUUCUGAAUCCUACACCAAUAGUUCGUUCACAGCCAACGAACACUACUUUGGGGCGUCUUUGUGCUCAGACCCAUCGGACCGAAUCUCGGUCACAACCGUAGCCAAACUGUCAGGUUUACACGCUACCCAUUCCGUGGAAUCCUGCGUUAUGGACGUCUGUGGUAACGGCGCUACCGGCAUCAAUGACAACUCGAACAAAGACGGAGGUGGUUCGGGGAAUUCCAGCGGUGGUGGCGGUGGCGGGGGGACAGUUGGAAACAGUGGUCGGACUACUUCCGGGUCAAACUUCAGUUCCGGAUCUUCAUGUGGCGCUGGUGGUGGUAGUGGAGGAUGGGGACAACGUGGCAGACCACCUCAGCCGCCUUUCACGCCUUCCGGGUCAUUGCUACAGCCCGUUCCUGUGUUGACAACACAACGGCCGCCAGAAUUCUGGUGCAACAUUGCUUACUUCGAAUUGGAUCAGCAAGUUGGAGAACUGUUCAAAGUGCCCAGCCAGUACUCACGUGUCACCGUGGACGGCUACACUGACCCAUCCAGUCCUAACCGGUUUUGCCUUGGUCAGCUGUCCAACGUUCACCGUUCGGAGCAGUCGGAAAAGUCGCGUCUCUAUAUCGGCAAGGGUGUCGAGUUGGAUAAUGUCGGCGAAGGGGACGUUUGGAUACGCUGUCUGUCCGAGUUCUCGGUGUUCGUACAAAGCUACUACCUUGAUCGAGAGGCUGGACGCAGACCAGGCGACGCCGUGCACAAGAUUUAUCCCGGUGCCUACAUCAAGGUGUUCGACAUCAGACAAUGUCACGAGCAGAUGAAGCUGCUUGCUCACUCCGCUCAGUUGGCCGCCGAACACCAAGCAGCUGUCGUGGUCGGUUCUAUCCCAUCACCGACUGCCAAUGCUCCUCCAAUCUCACCUCUCAUGUCUCAGCUACCUCCUGGUCCGUCACAGACAAACGCAAUACAGUCGAACCAAAAUGCAAUGGGUGGCGGCGGUGGUACGUCUAGUGGUGGCGCCGGAAGCGGUGCCGGCGGUCUGUCGCCUCUAGCCACUGCUGAUGUCGGGGUAGAUGACCUACGUCGCUUGUGUAUGCUUCGACUAAGCUUCGUGAAAGGCUGGGGACCGGAUUAUCCACGACGAAGUAUCAAGGAAACACCUUGUUGGAUAGAGAUUCAGCUGCAUAGACCGCUUCAACUCCUGGAUGAAGUUCUUCAAGGAAUGCCACUGAACGACCGGAAACCUACAAGGCACUUUUUCCCCUACUUUUCCCAACCUACCAAUUGUCCCGCUCCGAGACUGCCACCUAACCAGCCAACUCCGAGGCGCCCUUGAACACUCGAUUCGCUGCGAGAAAGUAUCAUGGUGACUUGUCCAGUGCAGCAGGCCGGUCACACAUAUGCUCCUUUUUGGGGUGUAUAAUAGGCCUUUGUUCAUAUAUAUACUAGGAAUCCAUUUCAUUUGCUUUACCACGUGUGCAACCCCCACUGGCCCACACAAACCACUUCAGGGAUAAAUCGUUCCUCUCCCUCAUCGUUCGAUGAAUUCAGGAAACUUACUCUCAGCUAUUCACUCUGCGAUAGCCUUUUACGUUCGUUCUCCGCGCCACCCUUUUCACAUUCUGCUGAUGAGGGCUGAUAUUCCUCCUCUUUUUUCUCCAUUCUGACGAUUUUGGUACCUCUAAUCUCUCUAUCUUCAAAUCCUUCCUCCCGGGACCCGUCCUAAGUCUGACCGCACGCAUUCAAAGCGGCUUCCUUGACCAUCCCUCAUUCGUGGGAUAGUUAUUUCCCUGCCUUUUGUUCCUUUCAGGGUUCGUUUCCCAUUCCGAUCACCCUAAACCGAUAAGGUAUCCUCUUAUCGUGUUGUUUCUCAUCCCGCUGGCCUGUCGACACCUAGCCAUUUACACUCCAUUAGGUCCCAUUGUCUUGUCUGUCCCAGUUAGGCAUUAUGACGUGCUCAGCACCACCACCAUCAUCGCUACAACAACAUCCGGUUUCUCCACAUGCGUGUAAUUAAUAUGCCUCGCCAUUUUUUCACUUCCCUAAUCAAGUUCGUGUUCUCUCUCUUUUAUGCUCACAUUUUUCGUGCUCUUGUCGUUCUCGUGCAUUUUUCUUUGUUUUUGUUCAUUUAAUUUCGUUGCGCUGUCACACCGACUCCGUCCAAGCACCACUCAUAAUUUUGCCCUUCCGAGAUGACUGUCACAGUUGUGUAUAUUUUAGUGAUCGAUUUGCUUCAGCUGUAUUGCAGCUUUUGGCUACUCUUUUCACCACUCACCAUCUCCUUCUGACCAUGAUUCGUCGUGUUUGUAAACGAGCAUUGCGAUCCCCUGUGUUGUCACACACACAUUGACCCACGCUGUCCUUCAUCAUCUUCUCCACAGUUCAUUUUUCCUAGUCAGUGAAGC